AUGGAAUUGGUGGAAGGAUAUGAAUUUAGAUAACACAAAGCUGUGGUUACAUAGCAUAUCUCCUAUUACAGGAUAGGAUAUCAUCAAGUGAAGAUUCUCUUAAAUUCCAGUGGUUUAUAUGAAACUUUUUGUUCGAAUUAUCACAUCAAAGCCUAGUUUUGGAAGGCAAGAAAGUAGCAAUGCAAAAAAGAAGUGAUCAUCCCUAUUGAUUACUCUGAAUUCAAGUAUGACAUUCCUAAGACAUAUCACAACUAUCUCUCAGCUUCCAAAUUGUUGAAAUAUGCAAAGUAGAACACUUCUAAUCCUGAAGAUGAUUACAAAGAAACUAAAGAGGAUAAAUUGCUUGAAUCAUACAAAUAAUUCAAUCACCAAAUUAAAUUGAAUUUUAAGCAAAAUCAUUUAUUGAGGAAGGUGUUGAUUUAAGCUAAGCAAACUAAUCAUGAUUUGCCCAUCAUGAAGGGAUUGCAAUUAGAAAAGUAUCUACCCAAAAAUCAUUUUACACAUAAAAAGUCUUUGAAAAUUAUCAGUCAAUUCAAUGAAACUGCCUAUCAAAGAUUUGUUUCAGAUAUUGAAUCAUAUCCUUCAACAACCACCUUUGUCAAAGGAUCUCGAUUAUUUAGUGCAGCAAGUAGGUUACAAUCAGCUGCAAGUAGAUUAUAAUCAGCAGCUCCAAAAUUAUUUACAAGCCCUUCAAAAUUACAAUAAUUUAGACCAAUAACAGCAAUUAAAAGAUCUAUUAGUAAUGGACCUUAAUGA